GCCCGUGACGUUGAGCGUCCGCAGCUUUAAAAGCCCCAGCCCCGCCCUCUCAUUUCUGGCGUACUGAUUUAGAAAGGAGGGAGAGGGUAGAGAAGGAGAGGACUGAUCCCAUUGGUUCUUAGGAGCGUUCUACUCCCUUGGCUCUCCGAGGCUCCUCCCGCCCGCGGGGACCGGAAGGGACGUCGCGCGGAGGGGCGGGGCUCCCGGCGCCUGUAACGCGGAAGCGCGCUGUGAGGAGACGAGAGGGAGGAGGAGGAGGAGGAGAGGCGAGAGAGCGGGCUGAGCGAAGGUCCAGCUUUGGGCCGCCGCCGCCGCGUCGCUCCUCAAGGACCCGGGGCUGAGGCUGUGUGAGGGGCGGGGGGCGCCGCCAACCGCCGCCCCCGAGCCUUCCCACCCCAGCCGGGGGAGCCUGCCAUGAAUGUGGACGUGGAGUUCCACAUUCGCCACAACUACCCCUGGGCCCGCCUCCCCGCCAGCGUCAAGCAGGUACGGACUGACCCCUCCCGGCACCUGUAGAAAAGCGGCUCCCUAUUAUAACUGACCCCUCUGGCUUCCCGUACCCCGCCAAUGGCCAUCACUUUCGCUUCCCCUUCUGGGUAGCAGGAGCUCCGUGGGAUCUCGCUUCAGAGCGAGACGGGGGCGGGCAAUGGACCCAACUUGGGACAAGCCCAUUGAUUUCAGUGGGUCUGCUCUCCAGUAAAAGCGGGGUCAGAUAGGUGACUUCAGGCUCCUCAGGCUCCGUUUUCGUGCUUUGCUAAAAAGUCCGAGGUUCCGCCAAGGGCGAAGGCUUGAGCCCCCUGCUAAGCCCAUUCGGGUUUUUUAUGUUUUGAGCAGCAGAACUUGAACCCAGCUCUCUUCUGCUCCCGAGGCUAGUGGGUUUCAUGUUACAGUGGCACCUUGGGUUACAGACGCUUCAGGUUACAGACUCCGCUAACCCAGAAAUAGCACCUCGGGUUAAGAACUUUGCUUCAGGAUGAGAACAGAAAUCAUGCAGCAGCGGCAGCAGGAGGCCCCAUUAGCUGAAGUGGUACUCCAGGUUAAGAACAGUUUCAGGUUAAGUACGGACCUCCGGAACGAAUUACGUACUUAACCCAAGGUACCACUGUACCGCUGCUGCGCGAUUUCUGUUCUUAUCCUGAAGCAAAGUUCUUAACCUGAAGCACUAUUUCUGGGUUAGCGGAGUCUGUAACCUGAAGUGUAUUUAACCUGAAGCGUAUUUAACCUGAAGCGUAUUUAACCUGAAGCGUAUUUAACCCGAGGUACCACUGUACAAGCAAAGGAAUUCCUACUAAACAUCAGGGUGGGGACUUUUGGACAGUGGAACAAACUCCCAGGUGAGGUGGUAGGUUCUGCUUCCUUGGAGGUUUUUUAAGCAGAGAUUGGAUGGCCAUCUGUCAUGUAUGAUUUAGUUGAGUUCCUGCAUUGCAGGGGGUUGGACUAGAUGACCCUCGUGGAACCUUCCAGCUCCACAUUUCUGUGAUUCUAAGUCCAUUGCUAGUUACCCCAACGUUUAAUUCAUUUCAGCAGUGUAGUGGGGGAAUGGGGAGCGGGCUGAUCUACUUCAAAUUACCCUUUUCACACCUGGUGUGUAGAAACUUUUUCCUCCCAGGUACUUGUUUGUUCAUUUGUUAGUUAGCUAAAAUCAUCUCUGCACUACUGUCUUUCACGUGGAUGCAACAUUGCAAUAGGAGCCAACUUCUAGGGGCUGUGGGGGUUUCGACCUCCACGAUAAAAUAUUUGAGGGGGCCGGACCCCACCAAGUUGUUGGGCAUUCCCAUUUAAAUGGUGUGUGUGCACUGUGUCAUGUGAAUGAUUAUGCGUGGCAAGACUUAUCUGGCCUCCCCCCAGUAUUUAUUCAAGUUGGCCCCUGUACAUCUGUAUCCAAUAUACAUUCAUAAUGUUAGAUGUGCCACAAAAUGCAGUAAAUAAAACAACCCGAUAAGACUAAAAUGCUAACUUUUCUUCACCAUUUUCUCCUCUUCCCCAGUAUUAGGACAGGUACUGCCAAGUCAAUGUUUGUUGUCAAGCUUGUUGAACUUUGGCCCACCCUCACCUGCUCAAACUUCUGCAACUUUUCAGGGCCAGCCAACCACAUUUUUCCUGCAGGCAGUUGUAUGCAUAUUGUGAUUAAUUUGAACAUGGGGGUUAACAGAAGGCAGAUGAGGAUCUACAGCACUAGUAGAUCUUUUGCAGUAGAUCUGAAAGUGUUUCCUUUCGUCGUUUUUUGUAGAAAAUUUCACUGGUACAGUGGUGCCUCGCAAGACGAAAUUAAUUCGUUCCGCGGGUUUUGUCGUCUUGCGAUUUUUUUCGUCUUGCGAAGCACGGUGUCUGGAAAGUUUUGGAAAAGCUUCAAAACUCACCAAAGUCUUUAAAAACCUCAAAAAAGGCUACCACACCGCGUUCUAUGAGUUGCUCCUCGAAGUCAAGUCGCAACUGUAUUAACGGUGUUAAGAAAAAGGAAACAAACUUGCAAGACGUUUCCAUCUUGUGAAGCAAGCCCAUAGGGAAAAUCGUCUUGCGAAGCAGCUCAAAAAAGAAAAAACCCUUUCGUCUAGCGAGUUUUUUGUCUUGCGAGGCAUUCGUCUUGCGAGGUACCACUGUAUUGUAAUAAAAUGGCAUUGAUCAACCUCAUCAAAACCUGUAGUGUAUUACAGUGCAUGCAUACGUCAAUCACAUAAGAAGGAAAACUGAGCGGAGACAUUGUCAAAUAAUUGAAUCAGUGGAUGCAUUGCCAAGGCUUGAACUAUCUGUGACAUAGCCCCUCCCUAAGUGAGCAUGUGUGGCUGGAGGUCUGAUAUUACUUCUAUUUUACCUAGGUAAUAUAUGGGAACCAUGCCAAUAUGGAAUUUUCCAUUCUUCAUUUUUUAAAGCAUUUGCAACAACAAGGCUCUAAAUUAGGUUGCUGAAGUGAAGAAACCUUGGAGAGGAAAGGUAGAAGUGGAUUUUUGUGUGAAAGUGCAGUGAACUCCAUUCAAAUGCUAAAAGCAAAUUUCUGGUGCGUGCUGAGGGACAACCUGUUCCUUGAUUUUUAGUGCAUGUUCAGUACCCCCCUGUAGCUGACCCCAGUUGGUUGGGUUGACAUAGGAUUUUGAGCAUUUGUUUUAAGUUUUAUUCAAAGUAAACGCAUUGAAAUUAAUGAGCAUUACUGAGUUAGGUCCAUUAAUUUCAGUUGGUCUGAUCUGAGUUGCUUAGUUGAAUAGCAAGGUUCUGAAGUCUGCACCGUGCUGUAGUCUAAUGCUAUUAUUCUGUUGUACCUGUUUAUUUUAAUUCAAGCUUUCCUCCAGAGAGAUCGGGAGGCACAUUUUUUUUCUUCAGGAAUGUCCUAUGACGUAGGCUAGUGCAGUGUUUUUCAACCACUGUUCUGCGGCACACUAGUGUGCCGUGAGAUGUUGCCUGGUGUGCCAUGGGAAAAAUUGAAAAAUUCGAAAGAUUAAAAAAACAAUAAUCAAAUUUUCGCCCACUAGGCAGGCGCCGGACUGUGUCCUGGGUAUGGGGGGGGUUUGACCCCACCCUCGGCCAGCAGGGGCGCCGAUUGGCGCUCCUCAGGGGGACACCCUCCACUUUUCUGAUGUCCGGGCUGUGAUUGGUCCAGACUCCAGCCUGGACCUAUCACAGUAGGACAUCAUCUUCUGACUUCCUUCCCGCCCGAGCACAGUGUGCGCAGCAGCGGAGAGAAGAAGACGUCGCGACUCGAGUCACCAGGAGGACCGGAGAAGUUGUCAUUUUAUUUCUCUUCAGUCUCCACUGAAUGCCUUGACUGGGUUAGGGACCCUUAUAAGUCAGCAUCAGUUGGUGGAAAGGACAUGACUUUACAGGAGCAGGAGGAACUAACUGAACUGAGACAAAAUCGUGGUUUCAAGCUAAGAUUUGCUGAUCUACCUUUGGACAGUUUUUGGUUGGAUACUGCCAAGGAGUUCCCCUUCUGGCAAACAAAGCUAUUUUGACAUUGCUCCCAUUUUCCACUACAUAUCUGUGUGAGAUGAGCUUUUCAAGCAUGAUUGCUAUAAAAACUAAAUACAGAGAGAGACUGAGAGCUGUUGACGAAGAGCUACGUAUGUGUCUUUCUUCGAUUCGAGCCAGAAUAUCAGCUUUGUGUUCAGCCAAACAGGCCCAGGUUGCACACUGAAUAAAGUAUUUUAUAAUUUUUUAUAUUUCUGUUUACUUACUAUUUCAUAAUAAAGUAAUUAUAAAAUACUUUCUUUGUGUUUAUUUGAUUCCUAUUCAAGAGAAUUACUUUAUAUAUAGUCAAUAUAGGCACAGAGUUAAUUUUUUUAACAUUUUCUAAUGGUGGUGUGCCUCAUGAUUUUUUUCAUGAAACAAGUGUGCCUUUGCCCAAAAAAGGCUGAAAAACACUGGGCUAGUGAACACCCACAGGAAGUGAAGAAUUGAAGAUGUGUGUGUGUGUGUGGUCUAGGGCAACACUCGAAUUGCUUUACACUGGUUUUUAUGAGACUAAGCAGCAUAUGAACAUAUGAAGUUGUCUUGUGAUAUAGAGCCUUAGCGCAUCCAGCUCUGUAUUUUCCUUUUGAUUGGCUAGCAGCCGUUUCCCAAAUUUUUCCAGGCCAUCUUGCUGGAGGUGUUUUUAACUUGUGAUGCCAGUGGCUGAACAUGUGAGCUUAUUUCUGCUAAACAUGGGAUCUUCCACUGAGCUACAGUAUGCCUCUGACCUACCUCAAAAGCCACACAUAGGAAAACAUUGUUAUCUAUCACUUGCAAUUUGCCUGAAAUGUUUGAUAUGCUGUAUGGAGAUUAAAAUACGAAGCAAUCUGCCCAGAUACUCACAAUCUUACAGGCACAAUACAAAAGGAAAAAGCAGUGGUGUGGAAAGUUCAAAUACCAAUUAUGUGAGGGCAAAGCAGCACUCUUCCCAUGUCACAUUAGGGUAGGAAUGAGGAAGCUGUAGCUCUCCAGGUGUUGCUCAAUCCCAACUCCCAUCAGUCCCAACCAGUGUGACCAUUGGUCAGGGAUGAUUGGUGUUUUAGUCUAGUAAUAUCUGGAGGACCACAGGUUCUCUAGUCCUGCAUUAGGGAAAUGAUGGUGUAUUAAGGCCAUAGGCACCUGCACAAAUCUGGUGGUGGGGUGGUCCCUUCUGUGUCUCGUUUGCCAGUCCCCGGCAGGCUAGUAGAUUCUUUUUCCAGGCUGAUCACUUUUUGUGGGCUUAUUUACAAAGCUAAUGUACUUCUUAGUUUCUUGCAGGAGCUUUGUAUUGGUUUGUGUUGGUUAAUUAUCCGUAGAACUACAAAAGCACCACUUUUAUGUGUAUAGGUCAGAUGAUUCAUGGUCUAAGCCAAGUUGCUUGAUAAAACUCUUGAAGGGUAAUCUUAUAGUUCAACUUUCAGAAAGGCUGAGCUGUAAAUUUACCUAUUGGGCUGAGGAUCAACAACUGGUCCAGCAUUCAAGAUCGACUAGGAUGAGGAGGUUAGGACCCAGCACAUCUGCAGCUGAGCUGGCUUAACUCCCUCAUCCUUGGCUCAGAUGUAGGUAUGUGAGCUGAUCCUGGCUCAGCCAGGCCUCAAUUACCUGAGCCAAGCCCAGCAGAUCUUAAUCCAGUGUAAACCCUGGAAAAGGAAUGUUCUGUGUGUGGGAGCAGAAAGGGAAGAUCCUAAGCCUGUGCAACUCUGUCAUGUGACUUGGCAUAAGUUAAGAUGGUAGAAAGGGUGGUACAACUCUAAACACUAGUUUAAAGGCUUGUUUUUUCUCUGCUAGGCCUAGGCUGACUCAGCCAGCGGUAGCCCGACUGCUGACUGGAGUGUGGAUCUGGUGUAACUUUACACCACGUUAAAUUACACCAGUCUGUUCUACGUCAGCUUCUUGUGUACAGGAUUGCUCCCUUACUCAUUUCGUUAAAUUUCUAUGCUUUGUCUCGUAGGGGCUUGGAAACUCACAGCGAGACUAUGAAAAGCAGGUUGUGCUCUAUAGUAUUCGCAAUCAGCUACGGUACCGAAAUAACUUAGGUGAGUAGAGAAACAGAGUGGGGGAAAGGGCUUUUGAAAACAGAUAUUGUCAUAUGUAACAGCUACAUCUGAGAAACCUGUCCUCAGCUGGAAUUCAGUAAAAUUGUACUACCACUACUGGUCAUUUUUGUAUUAAUAAACACUUUAAAGUGCCAAGAAAAAUAAGAAGGGAAUUAUCAGGGGAAAGGGGGACACCGAUGAGAUGGAUGAACAGGGCAGCUUCAGGAAGUGUCUGGAAGAUUGCAUAGGGCCAUUCCCCAUGCCACAGACUGCCCAGCAGCCCCAUACGAGCUUAUUCCAAGUUCUUUAUUCCAAAAUGGACAUACAGUGGUACCUCGGGUUACGUACGUUUCAGGUUACAUAUGCUUCAGGUUACAGACUCCGCUAGCCCAGAAAUAGUACCUCGGGUGAAGAACUUUGCUUCAGGAUGAGAACAGAAAUCGUGCGGCGGCAGUGGGAGGCCCCAUUAGCUAAAGUGGUGCUUCAGGUUAAGAACAGUUUCAGGUUAAGAACGGACCUCCGGAACGAAUUAAGUACUUAACCCGAGGUACCACUGUACUUGAAGAGCUUUGCUAGUUGGCUGCCUUCUUUUUCAGACUGGAUUGUUGGGAACUAACUCGGUAUCAAAUAAUGAUAUUGCAUUUGCAAUAGGAAUAGUAUAUGGCAUAGGAUGUCCUCUUUUGUGCCAUGAAGUGCAGCAUACUUGAAUAGCUUCCUCUCUUUGCGUUCUCCCUCCCCCUUUUGUGUGGAUACACAGAGCAUGCUCCAAAUCUCUGCGCAAAUGGAGCUUCAGGUUUGCUCUGGAACCUGUCCCAAGUUCACACCCCGUGAAAUUCUUAGCAUUUCUAACUGAUUUGUGGAGACUGUUGCUACAACCUGCUGACCCUUCUUUACUCUCCCAGUCAAGCAUGUCAAAAAAGAUGAGCGCAGAUACUACGAGGAACUGUUGAAAUACAGCAGAGAGCACCUCAUGUUAUACCCAUACCACUUGUCUGACAUCAUGGUGAAAGGCUUGAGGAUAACCCCCUUUUCGUAUUACACAGGAAUAAUGGAGGUGAGUUUAGAUAAAUGCUUAAACAAGGCAUUUUGUGCGUCCCAGGAGUUUGUGGCAUUUCAGUGUAACAUGAUCCCUGCCAGCUGGAGUCACAUGCCCAUUAUUGUUAGCUUUCUGCCAGGCUGCUGUUGGUAAUCAGCGGCAGGAAACGCAGUCACCAUUUGCAGUGGCAUUUUGGGCUUGCAGCCAAAUUACUCUGAUGAAGGAGCUUGCAAACUUCUAUUCAGAGAAAGCAGCAAACAGCGCUUGAGUCACCUCUCAACAUAUGGGAGAAACAAUGUGUAGCGUGGUGCAGAUUUGAUUGAUAAUUGCUGGUAAUGUGUAGUUUGUGCCCUGCUGCUUCUAGUGAGAGUUUUGCCACUGAAUUCCACAAAAAUAGGCCAUCUUUGCCUCCAUCCUUGGACUGCAGUAGAGCACACUUGGUUAGUGGUAUUGCUAAAGCAGCAUUUUGCAUGGAGCAAGUGGAGCUGCUGUUAUAUUUAUUAUCUCCAGUCCUUCAGUGAGCUCAGGGAGGUGAUUUAUUCUUGGUCUGCCGUUCUUCAAAUGCAUUUCCAUUACAACCUUUUGCUACGCUGCAAGGUGACUGGGUCUAGGAUUACCCUAAAGACCUUUAAAGAUACCACAGAAGAGAAUAAUCCAUUAGUCCUGUCUCUUUCUGUUGCUGGUGAUGGCUGUUCCUGUAGCAUCUAAUGUCUUGGCUACAGUAUAUCUACCAUAAUCACCAAACUGGAAUAAUCCCAGAGCUGGUGCAUAAUGGGUACAUGUUUUCAUAUUCACCCAUGAAGUUUACUGGGUGACUUUGGGCAAGCCCUCCCAAGGUGUUUGCGAAGAUGAAAUAGAAAGGGGAAAACCUAUGCACACUAUGUCCUUGGAACACCGAUAGAGAUCCGUUGAAAUUUAUGCAGGGCAGCUCCAAAAUCAGUGGCGUGAGGAUCGUGAGGUUCACAUGCCUCCUGUGCCUCAAUCCAGCAAUCGGUUCUGAGCAUGGGACCUGUGCCAUUGUAGAGAUGGAUCACUACAAUUCCACCCCCAUUUUUCACUCUCUCUGCUCCCCCUCCCGUCUCCAAAUGUAUUUUGGUGAGGGAAGCCCUGAAAUGCAUUACUGUUGUGUUCACAUCAUUUUUCUCAGUUGAAAUGAAUAGGACACACUCUGUGCAUAUCUAGAUCUGGUUGUAGUUUUUCCUAAAAUCUACUUCAUUUUGUGCAUCUUAUUUUAGAUCCUUGAGUUAGAAUUUUGUUUUCCCUAGGUUACAUCCAAUAGACUUCCAUUUCCUCUCCUUUCCCCUCCCCGGCAAGCAAGCAAACAAACCAAACAAACAAGCUAAUGGAAAAACACAAAGCCUCCAUAAACUGGGGUUUGGGUGCAAAGUAGUUUUCAAAUAUUUACUGAUGUAGCAUCAGUGCACAGUUGUGAAAUGAAGAAGUACAGUGAGUCAAGCUGACACUGCAACUUUUCCUUUUCCUUUGUAAAGGAUAUAAUGAACAGUGAAAAAAGCUACGAUUGUUUGCCCAACUUUACUGCUGCAGACUGUAAGUAUAAGAUUUCAUUCUGCUUCCACAAGCUAAACAAAUUUCCAUUUGGAAAACAUGUUUUAAGAAAGUCUAGUUUUAAAAGCACAGCUGCAUGACAAUUCCUUUUUGAAGUUGUAAUGUUUGUUUAAUUGUGGGGGUUACAUGCCUGAUGUUUGAAAAGAGAACAAAAAAAAUACUGAUAAAAAAAAUUACCCCAAACCAGUUAUGGAAAUAAAACACUAACCCACAAGUUAAGCAUGUCCUUUUCUAAUAAUUACUUGUUGCCUCAGCAAUAGGCCAUAAGAAUUGCAUUUACAUAACUUAAAAUUGUUCCACUUUACCCAUUUAGCAGUGCAGCACAUUAGCUUUAACAGAGAUAGCUGUUGGCACAGUAAUUCUUGAGAGUAAAUGAACCAGUGUGUAAAUUAUAAUGUCUUUAUCCUUCCCAUUAACUUGGUUUUCUGAAUUGCUGGUCUUUCAGCUACAGGAGGGAGACAGUGAUAACUUCUGAUGACUUGCUCACUUCUGAGGCUACCCAUCUUCCAGUUGUCACUUUUGACACUGUUAUUACAGAGGCAGACCAAAUGGUGACAUAAAUAACCCCUUCUUGCUGCGCCAAAUGCAGAUCUAAAGCCCACAGUUCCAAUACAACUGCUAAGAGAGCGAUCCUAUACACAAGACACAUUAAACAAGCUGACGUUAAGUUACGCCAGAUCCACCUGCCCUUCAAGAGGAAGACUACUUCUGGCUGAGCUGGCCCAAGUCUGUCAGAGGAAGAACAGGAUUUAAAAUAGUAUUUGAUUUACACUACCCUUUUUGCCAGAACACAAGGCUGAGUUGCACAGAGUCAGGGUCCAUCUUAAGUCCCCCACCGCACCCCAUCCUGCCUCCACCAUGCCCCCACAACACCUUCCUUUUUUAGGGCCUACACUAGCUUCGACUCAGGCUGAGCCAGGAUGAGCAAGUUCAUGCUGCUUUUCUGGGGCUGGGGACUUUAUGCCAGCUGAGCAUGACUGAGCUGGCGACCUCUGCAUCCUAAACUGCUCAUCCUGGCAUAUCUUGCCAUAGGUGUGGCCCCUAAGAUUAUGGGUUGCCUUUGAUAAAAACGGUAACAAGGGCAUGCAUUGUCUGAAACCUCAGGGCUGCAUAGGGCUUAAGAGGAAGCAAUUUAUGUUUCCAGGUAAUCUAAUAAUGUUUCCAUUUGUGAGGGUGCUUUGGAUGGAAUUUCAUGGCAUCUUUCCAGUCAAGGAUGAAAUUAUUUAAGGCUAAAACUGUAUGAUACAAAUGUGUGAUAAGAGGAUAGCUCAGGACAAUAUGCAUGCUUGUAGAAAAUACAUGAAAAUUAUUUAGAUGUAUAUUUUUCUUUAUAAAAUCAUUUAAAUGCCCGAUUGGGGGGCGUAACACAUCCAAGAUGACUCACAGUACUAUAGAAGUGCAACAGAGUUAUUAAAAAGGCCAGUUAAAAACCAGUUGGAAGAAAAAAAUAACUGAUUUAAGAAAAGAUGCUUUGAAAAAGGUCAUGUUUUAAAACCUUUUAAAAAAUCUGUGGUGUGGAUAUUAAAGGGGAGGACAAUAAUCUGGGGGCCACCACGUAAUAGGCCCUGUCUCUUGUGCCUGCCCGGAUGAGAAUAUCCAAUUGAAUAGCAAGUGGCAGGCUUCAAAUUCAUCUUUUCAUACAUGAUGCAUCUACCAGCCUUUCUGAAAAUUCUGCUGUUUGUCUGCAAAGCAACAUAUGAAAGCAGUACUAUGCAAUAAUGUUCCUUUGGCUCAGACUAGUUUUAUAACUCUGUUUUGAGGGACUUAAAAACUUCCUUUCCCCCCCAGGCCUGAGACUUCUUGGCAUAGGAAGAAACCAGUACAUUGACCUAAUGAACCAGUGUAGAUCAUCCAAAGUAGGUGUUCACGGUUCCCCUCCCUCCUCUCUUCAAUGUGAUCUAAUAUUUGGACCAAGUUUGGUUUUCCAAAGUGUGGGUUGCAGCCCUAGCAGAAAAAUUAACUAGUCGUAUACUGAGGGGAGCAAAACCCAGUGGCACCUUCCAUAAUCUUCGUAAUUUGGCAUAAUGGGUCGUUUGUGCCACUGAUCUCCAAAAACCCUUCUGGAUUGCCUUAGUCUCAAGCUUAACAUCCUCUGUAAUAGAAAAUGGUACACAGUGUAUAAAAAAUGUUAUUUCCGGGUGCCGGAGGAUAUGCAUCAUAAAUAUGCACUUACCUUGCUUCAGAAGCUGGGAGAGCCCAAAGAAGAGCCUCUGUUGAAGAGAUGAGUACGCAGGAAAUGCAGGCGGGGAAAAGCCAGCCUUUGGUCCUCCGGAUGUCAUUGGACUCAAACUCCUAUUAGCUCCUGUUCAUGUGGUGAAAGGUCAGGGAUGACCUUUGUGUCCCUAGUGUCCAGCAUCAUCUAUGGAGCCACAGAUUCCCCAUCCCUGAUUUAAGGCUUUAGCAUUAGCACUUUUAAGCUGUGCUCUGAAAGGACCCAGUUGAAUUGGGACUGGCAAAAGCUGCUGUAUUCUGAGCUAACCUGUUUUCAAGCAGUUUUAAAAGGCAGUUGUGUCCCAUGUAUAACAUAUUGCAGUACAGUGGUACCUCGCAAGACGAAUGCCUCGCAAGACGGAAAACUCGCAAAACGAAAGGGUUUUUGGUUUUUUGAGUUGCUUCGCAAGACGAUUUUCCCUAUGGGCUUGCUUCGCAAGACGGAAACGUCUUGCAAGUUUGUUUCCUUUUCUUAAAACCGUUAAUACAGUUGCGACUUGACUUCGAGGAGCAACUCAUAGCACGCAGUGUGGUAGCCUUUUUUGAGGUUUUUGAAGACUUUGGUGAUUUUUGAAGCUUUUCCAAAACUUUUCCGACACCGUGCUUCGCAAGACGAAAAAAACCGCAAGACGAAGAAACUUGCGGAACGAAUUAAUUUCAUCUUGCGAGGCACCACUGUAAUUUGUUCUGGACGUUACCAGAGAGCCAGCGUGGUAUAGUGGUUAAGAGCGGUGGACUUGUAAUCUGGUGAACUGGGUUCGCUUCCCCGCUCCUUCACAUGCAGCUGCUGGGUGACCUUGGGCUAGUCUCUCAACCCCACACACCUCACAGAGUGUUUGUUGUGGGGGAGGAAGGGAAAAGGAGAUUAUUAGCCACUUUGAGACUCCUUAAGGGGAGUGAAAGGCAGGGUAUCAAGUCCAAACUCUUCUUCUUCUUCUUCAGAGUCAUUAAAUGGAUGUUCUGCAGGCUUUCAAUGCCAAGCCAUCAUAUCGUCUCAUUCAGUGUAUCCCUGUUCUGUGUGCGUGAUACAUGGAAAGUAAAUAGCAAGCGGUUCUCACCUGAGUUUGCAGGAUGUGAUGAAACAUAGCGGAAGAAAGCAACCCUCUAGAAAUGUUAAUCUAAGGGCAUUGAGGUCUUUAUAGAGCAAAAGCAAAUCCAUGAAUUAUGUCCAGAGAUUUAUGUGCAGCUGCUUAGAGUUGGCAUUAUAAACAGCAAUCACUGAGUGCCUGGCAUCCAUUACAUGUCUAGAGUUGUGUCAUCAGUCGUGGCAUCCUUACCCUAGAGUGCAUUAUGUGAGCUUAACCUUGAUAUUGCAGAAAUGCAAAUAACUGUUUUUUUUUAAAAACCAAAACUUUCCCCUCCCCUGGAGUGUGUGUGUGUGUGUGUGUGUGUGAGAGAGAGAGAGAGAGAGAGAGAGAGAGAAAGAAAUACAAGCAAAAAACAGAACUGAAACAUCUUUCUAGAAUCUAAGUCUUAAUUUUAUCCUGCAUAUUUUUUUAUAAAAAAGCACUGAAAGAGUCUGUAAAUUUAUUGCACAACCUGUUUCUCAGGAUUAAUGAUGAAAAGUGGCACAGUUCCCCUCCCCAUGCUUGUUAUAGUACGUUGUUUGAGAGGGUUAAAGACCUGAGUGUGCCAUAUCCAGAAAUAUGAGCACUUGUUAGUUACUUCUGCUUUAUAAUAAUUUGGUUACUUCCUUGUUGUCUCUCACGAAUGGACUGUACCCCUUCAGAAAUUCUUCAGAAGGAAAACUGCCCGUGAUCUGCUACCCACGAAGCCAGUUGAGAUUGCAAUAGAGCCAUGGUGGGUGGUACAAGCUGGUUACAUCACAGAGGACGACAUAAAGGUAUCUUCACACAAAAACCCAAAAAUUAAUCAGUCUGCAUAAAUGUCAGGCAGAAAUCCUGUACACAAUUACUUGGGAGUAAAUCCAUUUGAACACAGUGGAAAUUGUUGUCACUUAGUUAUGUCUGACUCUUCGUGACCCCAUGGACCAGAGCACGCCAGGCACUUCUGUCUUCCACUGCCUCCCACAGUUUGGUCAAACUCAUGCUGGUAGCUUCGAGAACACCGUCCAACCAUCUCUGUCGUCCCCUUCUCCUUGUGCCCUCCAUCUUUCCCAACAUCAGGGUCUUUUCCAGGGCAGCGGAAAUUACUUCUGAGUAAAUUUGUUUAGGAUCCCAUUUCAGGUUAUAUACUUUCGCUUCACCCUCUAAAUCAGGAAUGUGUAAAUACUUACUGCCACUAUCACAAGAAGUUCUUGCGUCAAAGGUAUUUCACAGUUACUUUGCAGUUACUGCACUUACAGUAUUUACAGAAAAUGAAUCGUUGCUUUAUAUUUUCAGUGUGUGAUGCUAGCUGUGGCAGUCAAAACAGCAUCCAACAUAAGGGCAAGUAGGACUCCUUAAGUGUUUAUGGAAAAUGACACAUAAUACUGUGUGGGUUGUUAUACUUCAUCAUUGUCAAACUUUUCAGUCUGAAAGCUGCAUGGACUAAUAAAGAUCUGUCAGUUACUCCAAAUGUGUGAUUUAAUAUGUACCUUUCUCUCUAGAUUUGCACUACCUCUGAAAAAUCUGCUAUCGAUAAGAUAAUCGAUUCAGGUCCUCAGCUUGCUGGAUCUCUGGAUUACAGUAUAGUUCACAGUGAGUUUUGCUUUGUUUUGUUAAACAGAAGAGUAAUAAGAUAUGCCUGAGGUUAUACUUCCGACAGUGGCUAGAAUCCAAGCAACUUUUGCAAGGGAUUCACACUAAAGCAGUGAAAUUUUUGCUUUUUGUUACUAGAAAUAUGCUAUGCUGUAUCACAAAAUUUCAAAAGUAGUUUUGUCAUGUGGAAUUGGGAGUAGUUUCAUAAGUUGCCUGAAUCCUGACCAGUGUAACUUCUCUCGAGCCCUGAACAUUUUUUAUUUCCUCCCACCCGUGCAAAGCUGCGAUCAUGUUAGUUAAAUGCACAUAAAUUGCAAGUUACUUGUAUAACACAUGUCGUGAAUACUUCUCAUGCAGUUUUGUGGCACAUGCUUAGCUUCUAUAGUGCUCUCUAUGCGUAAUGGUAUAAUGUUAAGUUUGAUGGGGUUUUUGUGUUUUUUGUAUAGUGACAUUGUUUUUCUUUCUGUAGGCUUAUAUAAUAAAGGCUUUAUUUACCUUGAUGUACCAAUAUCGGAUGACAGUUGUAUAGCAGGUAAGUGUGGAGUCACUACUUUCAGAACAAAGGGUGCUAUAUGUUCAGGAGUGGAUUGAAUAGCAAAGUUGUGACAAAGGAGGAGUUGGAGUGUGGAUUAAAAUGGGACUGUGUGUAAGAUGAGGGUUGUAGUGAUGGUUAAAAGUACAAAUUUCUAUUUGUUUUGCCACAAUAAAAAUGCAAAAUAAGAUUAAAUGGCAGCACUUUUGUAGGUACCUCAGAUGUAGACCUUGGUGGUUAAAAGGGAUUUAAAGUGUGACAUGUCUGGUAGAUGUAAAGGUAAAGAGACGGUUGUUAAGUCCAGUCAUGGACGACUCUGGGGUUGCGGCGCUCAUCUUGCUUUACUGGGCAAGGGAGCCAGCGUUUGUCUGCAGACAGCUUCCGGGUCACAUGGCCAGCAUGACUAAACCACUUCUGGUGAACCAGAGCAGCACAUGGAAAUGCCGUUUACCUUCCCACCAGAGCGGUACCUAUUUAUCUACUUGCACUUUGAUGUGCUUUCGAACUGCUAGGUGGGCAGGAGCAGGGACCGAGCAACGGGAGCUCACCCCGUCGUGGGGAUUCAAACCGCCGACCUUCUGAUCGGCAAGCCCUAAGCUCUGUGGUUUAGACCACAGAUGUACGGGACCAUAAAAUUCCUGUUUUAUAAAAUGUAAUUUGAAAGAUCAAAGUAUCUCAUUAGCUUGGUGUGAGUCUCUGUUCUCUAGGUCAGAUUUCUUCGAGAGAGAGAUGCAGGAAUAAACAUUUUAAUGCUGAUAAUUAAUAAGCAAAGAUAGGGCCGGACCCCUUUUUUUACAACUAAAUUAUAUCCUUCAAUCACAACCUUAAACAUGGCUUCUCUUUUCAGUUCCCCCACUUGAAGGUUUCGUUAUGAACAGAGUGCAGGGUGACUAUUUUGAAACCUUGUUGUACAAGAUAUUUGUUUCAAUAGAUGAACACACAAACGUGGCCGAGGUAAGUCAUUGUUUCAACAUUUCUCUGUGCCCUGCUUCCAGGCAUCUGUCAGGAAAAUACAUGCUAAAUUAACUUCAUGCGAACUCUCCACAUAAGGGGGGAUUGGGAUUAUGUCUUGGCUAACUCCUUGGGACCUGUACCUAAAGCUUAGCGCUCAUAUGUCUCACUUGUGCAGGUGGCAGGAGGUUGUGCAGAUGAACGCAUUGGAUUUGAUUUUUGAGAAUUACCGGUAACCUUUUGCCUUCUAUCCUUUCAGCUUGCAAAUGUCCUGGAGAUAGAUCUGUCAUUAGUGAAGGUAGGCCUCCUGUGUUGCUGCUUAAAGCGUGUGUGUGUGGAGGUGGGGCAACCCUUCGUUGCACACAUGUUUUAUCUCUUUUGAAAUUGUGAAACAAGAAUGCAAAGUGCUGAUUUGCAAAUGUUGUCUUCACUUUAGAAUGCUGUCUCCAUGUAUUGCCGGUUAGGGUUUGCCCACAAAAAGGGCCAAGUAAUAAAUCUGGACAAUCUUCAUGCAUCCUGGCGGAAUGUCCCAUCAAUAAACAGGCUGAAGUAAGUAUGUGUUCUGCCAACAACAGGCCUGCUGCCUGAAACAAGCUUCCCAAAGAGCACAUCCUUGGGGAUCCUGCCCUCUUCCAUUCUGUAGACGUGACCAAGCCAGCAUAGAUGUCGCUGCGACAGGAGUUGUGAACAUGCUGGGAAAGAGGGCUUAGGAGAGCACAUUGUUGCUUGAGACUGUGCCCCACUUUGUGAUGCCCAACAGAUGUGCAUAUCGUUAGGACCUCAAUAUCGGUGUGUCUUGUGAGUUGUACUAUUUAAGAAAGUCAGGAUAGUCGUGUGCAUAUACACAACUGGGAAUAAAUACAAUUGAAUUUAGUGGCCCUUAACUUUUCAAUAGGGACACAGGUGGCGCUGUAGGUUGAACCACUGAGCCUAGGGCUUGCUGAUCAGAAGGUCAGUGGUUCGAAUCCCUGCGACAGAGUGAGCUCCCGUUGUUCAGUCCCAGCUCCUGCCAACCUAGCAGUUCAAAAGCACGUAGUGCAAGUAGAUAAAUAGGUACCGCUCCGGCGGGAAGGUAAACGGCGUUUCUGUGUGCUGCUCUGGUUUCACCAGAAGCGGCUUAGUCAUGCUGGCCACAUGACCCGGAAGCUGUACACCGGCUCCCUCGGCCAAUAAAGCGAGAUGAGCGCCGCAACCCCAGAGUCGGUCAUGACUGGACCUAACGGUCAGGGGUCCCUUUACCUUUACUAACUUUUCAAUAGCCUUGCUUAUUAUUAGCUAAAAGCCACCGGUCCUUGUCAAAAUAGCUUAUUAAAAUAAUAAUGUGACAGCCUCACUGAUUAAAGCUGGAAUAUAAAGCCUAAGAUCCAUGACUCAAACCAGUUUAUAUUUGCUCAGAUUCUGGGGACUUCCCUGGUCACAACCUGCUUUCAAAUAGUGCUUCUUCCCAGGGUCACAGCAUCAGAGUUGCCAGGGCUUGAGAGAGGGAUGUUCUUACUUACGGACUCAUGUUCUGCUGGUGCUUCUGGUCUGGCUGCUGAGGGAAACAAGAAGCUGGACUAGAUAGGCUGUUGGUCUGAGCCACCAGGUCUUUUCUUAUUACCCUUGUUCCCAUUCUUAGAACUACUUUGGAUCCACAGAAGAUGCUGCUGUCCUGGGAGAGCUCAGAAAGCAGGAGUCCUGUACAAGAGGCGGGGUCAUCUGCUACAGAUACCGACACAAACAGCCAAGAUGAUCCAGGUGAGCUGUUGAGCAAGUGGUUGCCGAUCUAAUAAUUUUGUGUGCAUUGCAGCGCAUUCCUUUUUAUGUUCUGUAAAGGUCAGUGCCUGUCAUUCACUACUGUGGCAUUCUGUGGUCUGAAUCGUGGGCUAGAACUAGGCUACACAUUAAAACAUUUGCUUGAAAAAGCAGCUUGCUCUGCAUGUGGAGAAUCUUUAAGGCCCCUCUUCCAAUUGGCUUGUCCCUGCAAGCAAGGAAAUCUAGAAGGGGUAUAAGUGGGAAGAAUUCCCCCUGUCCCACAUGCAAGAAAGGAAGAGCCACUGAGCUGAGUUGGAAAAGAACCAACAAGGGUUCUUUGUUGAUUUUUAUAGAGAUAUCAUUCAGCAUUCAUUUUUAUCGUUUUGAGGUGUACGGCUUUAUUCCUCUGUUAAAAGAUGUGCGUUUGUAGAUUAAAGCUUUGCAGAAGGGAAAUAUCCUAGCUAUGUGCAUAAGCUGCAAACAUUGUUCAGAUGUUUUUGGUGAACCGUUCUGGGGUAUCAAAGGUGACCUGCCCCAGCAUGAUUUCAUCAAAAGCCCACGGCAUAAAUAAAAUCCCUGUCCCGUUUGAAUGUGGCCAGAGUUGUUCAUGGAUCUUUGAGAUGGUGAGGUUUUUUCCACUCAUAAGUAGUCGGUUGCCUGACAUUAGGUUAGCAAGCCUCUCUGUAACAUCACAGUAGUUUAGCCAAUAGCACCCAUGGGGACUGCACCACUUCAGGCCUUUCUCAGAUACUUCUGAUGUCUCUGGAGGUGGCACACUGGCAGAUGUAGCAGAAGCCCGCUGCUAAAUAAGAGAAGGUCAGCUGAUGACGUCAAGUGACCCUGGGCAAGCUAAGGUGUCAAAGGUUCAAGAGGAGGGCAGACUCAAUGACAGACACAAUGGCCUGAUUUGCACAUCCUGCUAAGCCAAACCAUGGCUUAGUGCAGGGGUCGGCAAAGUUUUUGUGGCUUGGGCUGGUUCACGGUCCCACAGAUGCCACGGUGGGCUGGAGUGCGGGCGCGGAGGAGGCAUGUGCAGCUUCCCAUUGGCUGCAGGAUCUUCCUGUAGCCAAUGGGAAACCGGCCAGAGUCAUGGAAGGUGGUCCCCGCUCUGCUCCGCACCGGUUUAGCGCAGUGCACAGGAGCCUUCCGAGCGGGCAGCAGGUGUCCCCGAGAAGGCGGAAGUCCUUGGGCCGGUUAAAUGACCCCCAUGGGCUGCUUGUGGCCCAUGGGCCUUAGGUUGCUGACCCCUGGCUUAGUGUGAGGAUAAGAUCAGGGCCGGCUUUGUUCUUCCUUGGUCAUUUUGCUGCUGAGCAAAGCUUAGCGUUUCAUCCAAACCUGGGUUUGUGGGUCAGCACUCUUCAGGCUAACAAUGGGUUUUAACCAAGUUUGGUUAUCAGUUUACAACUCAUGGUUUGCCCAGGAGAGCUGAUUUACAGGCCUGAGUUUGGAGGACACGCUAAGCAAAACCAUGGCUUACCUCAGCUCAUCACAUCAGCUAAAGGAGUGGAGAGGAGAGGUGCAACCACAGUCUUAGCAAUGAUGUACAAAGCAGGCCAGCAUGUUGCACCGUUGUCAAAACUAUUUAAGAUGGCAAAUCUCUGUGUGUGUUUGCUUCCUUAGCUGAUACUGCCAGUGUGAGCAGCUUGAGUCUGUCCGGUGGGCACACAAAGCGCAUAGCCUUCCUGUUUGAUUCAACCCUCACUGCCUUUUUAAUGAUGGGGAAUCUCUCACCGGUAAGUUUCUUAGCUUCUCAAUAUCUAAGUGUUAAAAUUCUUUAAAAUAUUCUUUUAGGUUUUUUGAUAAAAACUUUUUUAAAAGCAAGUUUUUAGAUAAGUUCUUUGCCAAAAUGAUAACUACAGUCAUUUUUUUAUAUAUAUAUAUGUAUAAAAAAGAGUCCUGACUUGCAGGAAGGGAACGCAAGGGGGGUGUAGUCUGUAUUCCUACAUCUUCAUUGUGAACGCUUAUUGCAUACUGGAUAGAUUCCUAAUAAUUCAGAACUCAAGGUUAUGCAAUUUUACCUUCCUUUCAGAAUUUGAAAAGUCAUGCAGUCACCAUGUUUGAAGUUGGGAAGUUGUCAGACGAGUCUCUGGACAGUUUUCUUGUAGAACUUGAAAAGGUAAAUAAUGGUUUGUUAUUGUUAAAACAGCGUAGUAGUCAACGCAACCUUUUGCAUGAGCAGUCAGGCUAUAUAUAGUUUAGUUGGUACCAUCUUGCAUUAAAGGCUUUAGUAAAAAGGUAAAGGACCCCUGGACAGUUGGGUGCAGUCCAAGGCGACUAUGGGGUGUGGCGCUCCUCUCGCUUUCAGGCCGAGGGAGACAGCUUUCCAGGUCUCGUGGGCAGCAUGACUAAACUGCUUGUGGCUUUCUAUUUAUUAAAGGCUUCACAGUUACAGCACAAAUGCAUUCAGAUUUGAAAGAGACAUUUAACGUUAACCUCCAAAAUAACUUAUAUGUUGGAGGCGUCUUUUUCUUAUGAGCAAAAGUUUGAACUUGGUCAGUUCACCUGGAGCCACAUAAGUCACUUAAGGGGCUGGAUGCAGCCCAUAGCCCAUUGCUGAGCAGUCUCCCAUAAGACAUUGCUUCCUUCCCACCCUCUUGCUUUUAGUAAGUGUGGCUCAUCUGAUCAUUCAAAUUGAAGAAAAAUAGAUUAGAAGCUUCAGUCAUUACUCUUUGUAUGAUUACAUUGUGAAAUGGUGUUUUCCUUCUGCUAUGGCCUGCACAUAACAUUUGUUUAAACUCUGUAUAGGGUAUCAAAUGUAUACACAUAAUUAUGUACAGAAAACUGACCUACAGAUAGUUUACCAAAGCUAUUGAAAAUAUUAUAUUCAUCGUUUCCUUUUUUUUAAUAGUGAAGAUAACACACAAGUACUAGAAAAUAUAAUCACAUUUAUUCAUCUGACAUGUAAAUAUUUUUUUCUUUUGAGGAUCAGAGCAGCUGCAUGGUCAUAAAUGUUGAGUUAGGAAUGUUUUGUCAUAUCUUAAUUCAAUUUUCUAUGUCAAUAGUAUUUGCACAAACAGCUCAUGCAAAGUACUUUUUUGUUGUUGUUCCCUUAUUUAGGUUCAGAGCACAGGAGAGGGUGAAGCACAAAGAUACUUUGAUCACGCACUUACCCUGCGAAACACUAUACUGUUUCUGAGGCACAAUAAGGACCUAGUGGCUCAAGUUACACAGCCUGAACAACCCAAUAAUGGUACAGUGAAGACAUGCUUUUAUUUUACGUGUUCUGUACUUUUUACUCUAAUGACACACUUUCACCAGGUUUGAAAACGUGCUCCAAACAUGUACUUAUAAGUAUAACCCCUUUGGGAACAGAGGUCCCAUUGUCCAUUAUUAGCUGUUUUAGGCUGCUAAACAUCAAGCUUGGCAUGCUGUUAUCGUUGCAAUAGCCCCUGUAGUCAGAAGUGUACUCUGUAUAAGGCCAGUUAAGAAUCUAGGCGACUGAGAAGUCAUCUCAUUAAACAAAGUCAACCUGACUUAUUUAUAAACCUACGCAAGUUCUAGUGUUUGCAGGUAAACAUAUUGGAAAGCAUUGUCCAAAGAGAUGCAUUAAUUUAUGCAUCAAUGUUCUAAGCACAUAGUGUUUGCGUUAAAGUUUAAGAGUAGAUCCCAGGUGUUGGUUAUAGCAGUCACAGGAGAAAGAAAGAAAAAGUGCUUUAUUUCUUUUUCAUUCCCACCAUCAGAUGAUAGCAACCUUCCUCUACCCUGUUACAUUCAGCGAGCACCACUAGCAUUUUUUGGACCCUUUGCUUUCCACCUUGCAACUGCCAACUUUCUCCCUUCUCCCUAUUUCCCUCUCUUUCUUGGUCCAGAAGCACCAGUAACUCAGAAAGGCACUUGAGACAAUAUGUAUUCCAUCUAAUCUGUAGGUCAUCGCACGCUGCUCAGGGGUAUACAUCGCAAAAUUCAUGCACCUUUAACUGCAUGGGUGAUACAAUAUCUUGAACCAGCCCUGCACCAUCUUUUUGGCCAGAGCCAUGUUAUUUUUUUUAUUUUUUUAUUUAUUCAUUAAGUUUUUCACAAUUAUAACAAAUAUAACAUAGAAAAAAGAAAAGAAAACACACAAGAGAAAACACAUUACAAUACUAAAAAAGAAAAACAAAAAAAAUUAAACACAUAUCACUUGAAAAACCCAAUUUAUCUUACAUUGUUAAUUGACUUCCUCGAAUCCCUCCCUUCUGAAUUUCAUUGUAUCCACAUAUAACAGCUCUCCAAUAUCAUUCUUCAGUUAAAAUUAUUUCCAACAAUUAACUAUCUUCUUCUCUUUUCUUACUGUUCUAAAUCCAACUUACUUACAGUUGAGUCGUAUUUUAAUCCUAGACCUGUUUGGUACUUUCAAGUGACUUCUAAUUAUUUAUAUUACAAUAUUUAGUUAAAUAGUCCUUAAAUUUCUUCCAAUCUUCUUGAUAUUCCUCUUCUUUCUGGUCGUGGAUUCUUCCUGUCAGGUCGGCUAGCUCCAAAAAGUCCAACAUCUUCAUCUGCCAUUCUUCCACCAUUGGGAUUUCUUGGGAUUUCCAAUCAGAGCCAUGUUAUUUUGGGAGAAUGCAGCAGCUGUAAUUCCCUUUAGCUGUAAGCAUUCAGCCCCCUCCGGACCAUCAUUUUCCUGCAGGGCUGAACAAACAUAGUCUGCGUGUUUGUACAUCUCUCGAGUUAAUUUUGUUUUAAUGGGGAAAGAAUUUAUCUUGCUUUGUCAGUUUUUUUACCCCUUUAAAACAUUCAUCAGUGUGUGCAGUCACCUAGAUCCAGUUGAGUCCUAUCAAAAACUGUCAGAUUCCCAGGCAACAGCAUUUAAAAGUAUACAUAGAAUAAAAAAGAUACAGAGCAGGAACCCCAGUUAUUGUGGAGGACUCUUCACUACCAAUUCACUCUUAUCAGUGGGUAAAGUGUCUUUUGAUCAUUUGAGAGGGUUGGGGGAACAGGACAUGAACUAAUACUCUCAAGAUAAUGAAUUGCUUAAAUAAGCCUUCACUUGUCACAGUAUCUACAGCUCAUUUUGGAGGGUGAAUACUAUUUAUGUAGCUUCCAGCUGCUUAUGCGGUUGGUUUACUUUUGAAGUUGACCUUGCACAGUUGGUUUAUGCCCCCUGGAGAAGCUUAAAAGACAUUCAUCUUUUUAGACUUGAGUAUGCUUUAAAUUUCCUAAAUCAUGUUGGAUAGUGUUCUUGAAUUGGGUACUAUGGUUUAAAAUUGGCAAAGGCUAAGGAAUGUAGUAGGGACGCGGGAGGUGCUGUGGGUUAAACCACAGAGCCUCUUGGGCUUGCCGAUCAGAAGGUCGGCGGUUCGAAUCCCCGCGAAGGAGUGAGCUCCCAUUGCUCGGUCCCCGCUCUGGCAGGAAGGUAAAUGGCAUUUCCGUGUGCUGCUCUGGUUCACCAGAAGCAGCUUAGUCAUGCUGGCCACAUGACCCGGAAGCUGUACGCCGGCUCCCUCGGCCAAUAAAGCGAGAUGAGCGCCGCAACCCCAGAAUCGGCCACGACUGGACCUAAUGGUCAGGGGUCCCUUUACCUUUUUAAGGAAUGUAGUGCUGUAAAUCCAUAUGUCCUAUUCAAAAUGGGAUUUCUUGUGACCAGCAUUUACCGUAUUUUUCGCCCUAUAGGACGCACUUUUUCCCCUCCAAAAAUGAAGGGGAAUUGUGUGUGCAUCCCCCCCCCCAAAAAAAAACUAGGUGCGCCCUAUGGGCCGGUGCGCCCUAUGGGGCGAAAAAUACGGUAUAUGCUAGUUUGAGCCUGAGAAAAGAAUAGUAUAGAAUAAAAUUUCCUUCACCGAAUAUAUAGGAGCUCGAACAGACCAAAGGCCAAUUUAGUCCAGCAUCCUGUUCUCUCUGCAGCCAGCCAGAUGCCUAUGGGAAGCCCAAAAUCAGGCCAUGAGCGAAGCAGUGCCCUUUCUCAGCUGCUGGUAUUCAGAGGCACCCUACCUCCCAUAGUGGAGGCGGAACAUAGCGAUUGUGGCUAGUAGCCACUGAAAGCCUAAAACUUCUUGAGUUUGGAGAACAGCCAUUGCUAAGCAGUAGACCAUCUGCUUUGCAUGCAGAAGGUGCACAGCAUUGUAGGCAAUGCUGGUCCAAUGGCCUGAUUUCCUGGUUCCUAAUUUGGCUAAUUCUGUUUUAAAUCUGUCCAAGCUGGUGGCUAUCCCUGCAUCUUGUGGCAGCAAAUUCCAUAGUUUAACAGCUCACUGAAUGAAGAAGUAUAGAUGCAUUUGCCUUUAAUCUCCCUAUAGAUCCAGUGCAGUGUAGUGGUUAAGAGCGGUAGACUUGUAAUCUGGGGAACCAGGUUCGCAUCUCCGCUCCUCCACAUGCAGCUGCUGGGUGACCUUGGGCUAGCCACACUUCUCUGAAGUCUCUCAGCCCCACUCACCUCACAGAGUGUUUGUUGUGGGGGAGGAAGGGAAAGGAGAAUGUUAGCCGCUUUGAGACUCCUUCAGGUAGUGAUAAAACAGGAUAUCAAAUCCAAACUCUUCUUCUACUUCUUUUUCUUCUAUGUUCAGCUUCACUGAGUGUGGUGCUGAUAACACCAAGGUUGCAGGUUCAAUCCCUGUAUGGGACAGCUGCAUUUUCCUGCAUUUCAGGGGGUUGGACAAUCCUCAGAACUCUACUGUUCUAUGAUUCUAUGACCCCAGGUUCUAACUCUGUGUGUGUGUGUGUGUGUGUGUGUGUGUGAGAGAGAGAGAGAGAGAGUUUUCUCCCAGUUUCUCCACACAGUGAACAAUUUUAUGCGCCUCUAUCAUUUCCACCUUUUUUUCUUUUCUCUCUUUCUUUUUUUUUAAAAAACAAAAUCCCCAAGUGUUAUAACCUUUCCACAUAGAGGAGCCGCUCCAGCCCCUUGAUCAUUCUUGGUUGCCCAUUUCUGAAAUGUAUCCAUGGUUGGUAUCCAAAGAACUGCCCAGUAAGUGAACAGCGGUUCAAGAAAUUCAGAUACAGAGAAUCACAUACCCAUGGAGAGUCUGUAUUUAUAUUUAUUGAACAGCUGUCUCCUUGGUCCCCCAUAGUCAGAACCCCUUCAGAGCAGAGGGGCAGUUCAAAAGCAGUUGUGGAAGGAGAUCCUGCUAUUCAAAGGAAGGCAAAGUAAAUAAAUAAAACUUGCAUGAAAUAAGUCUUUGGUUCAACGGUUAUUUCCUUUUGACAUGUAACUUUCCUUGUGGCUAGUGGUAUGCAUCAAAGCUGAUUUACCAUGGGGUAGGUGGCAUACACAGUGCCUUCCGUAUGGUUAUGGACUCCGGUUUCCAUCAUUCCUGACCAUGCUGGCUAGGAGUGAUAGGAGUUGUAGUCUGACAACAUCUGGAGGGCACCAUCUUGCCUACCCCUCCCUAGCUGAUAGCAUCUUUAAGUUGUUGUGUUGAGAUUUUAUCUAGGAAGAGAGAAGAGACCCGUCUAAAUCUGUAUUUUUCCUCCCCCUUCCUGUACCCCUUUCAGUUGUACAUGUUCGUUCUCUAUCUGUAUUCCAAGUGUCUUUGACAUCGUUGAUGUAGGUUUCCCUCUGGAUUUGCUGCGCUGCGAAAGCUUGCUUGGCUUGGACCCUGCUACCUGCAGCAGAGUUUUGAACAAAAACUACACACUGCUGGUCUCCAUGGCACCUCUCACCAACGAAAUCCGACCCAUCAGUAGCUGCACACCCCAGGUAAGAGAGGAAAUCUCCCCAGAAAUGAAAUGGGAGGGUUACUUCCUGUGUGACGCUUUGCUUUUAGUAUUUACGGAAGGCUUUUGGUCAGCAGUGUGCAUGCACUCUUUAUCUGUGUUUCUGCUUUUCUUCCAAAAAGUUGACUUUAUUGCUUUUGCAUGGCUUUAUCCAACUAACCCUCCACAGCUGGAAGACAGCCCCUUCUGUUUGCAGAGGGGUCUGGGGUCUGGCAGAGUCUCUCUCCCCCCACUCCCCAGAGCACAGGGCUGGAACAGCAUUUUAUUUUAUUUUCGCCGGACUCCCCUUCCCCUUGCACCACCAUGCACUAACAUUCCUUACUGCUUCAGAGAGUCCCCAAGCUCUGCAUGGCAGAUCUUUGAGCAGCAAAAGUGGUGCAAGGGGAAGAGAACGUCAGAAGUUUCCUUCUACCCUGCUCCUGCCAACCUAGCAGUUCGAAAGCACCUCAAAGUGCAAGUAGAUAAAUAGGUACCACUCCAGGCGGGAAGGUAAACGGCGUUUCCGUGCGCUGCUCUGGUUCGCCAGAAGCGGCUUAGUCAUGCUGGCCACAUGACCUGAAAGCUCACCCCGUCGCGGGGAUUCGAACCGCUGACCUUCUGAUCGGCAAGUCCUAGGCCCUGUGGUUCAACCCACAGUGCCACCCACGUCCCCAAUGAGUCUGUAGGAAGUGCUUAAAAGGCUUUUCUAAAAAAGAAAAGAUACUGCGAGCUUUACACCCAAACCGUGGCUCUGCCAUGCUGCAAGGGGUUUGGAUGCAGCAGAGGUCUCCAUCCAGUUCUGCCCAGCGCUGCUGGUUUCUGCUGGCAGGGAAGCCCCACUGGUGAGGAGUCACCAACAUGCCUUCCCAAAUGCUUUUCUGCUUCUUAAUAUUAGUCAGGAGUGAAACUGCAGUUGCUGUUAUAGAAGAAGCCCUGUUACUGCAAAUCAAGUUUAUAACAGCAACGUUCGUCUUAUUCUUGCUUCAGUGGGUGCCUUUUUCAUCUUUCCCUAGCAUAUUGGACCAGCUAUUCCAGAAGUCAGUUCCGUAUGGUUCAAGCUCUACAUUUAUCACAUUACUGGGCAAGGGCCUCCGUCCCUGUUGUUAUCUAAAGGAACAAGACUCCGAAAACUUCCAGAUAUAUUUCAGGUAAGCAUUACGUAUUUGGAGGGAAUGAGAGUCUUCUGUAAUGGUAUUAAUUCUGGAGUUGUCGCUCCUUUGGCCUUUGCAUAUAACACCUGAAGCUGCUGGUUUCAGCAAGGUAAACAAACAAACCCCUGUGUUGCAAAAUAUGAGCCAGCAAUAUCAAAAGCAACACGAUGGUCAGAAACAAUUACAAUGUGAAAAACAUUAUAGGAAUAAUCACAUGAGCACUGUUCCAGAGUAUUUUUCAUUCUCAUGUAUAUUAUAUCUAUUUGAAAAAAGAUUGGUUAAUGAAGAAAUUACAUAUCUUUCUACUUUACGAGUGUUGAACUAAUUGGCUGAUGAAGAAUUCAGAGUUCAGAGUUGGACAUCAGAAUUGGACAUUUGCUGAGUAUACAAAGCUUCACAGCUUGUUCUCCGCCGGGUAAAAUCUGGCACCGUGAUUCAUUCAAGGACUUUCAGAGACUUCAGUUUGUUAGUUUUGAUGUUUUCAUUAUUCCUAUAAAGUUUUUCACAUUGUAAUUGUUUCUGGCCAGCGUGUUGCUUUUGAUAUUGCUGGUUUCAGCAAGGUAAGCUGUCUCACUGGAAAUGUGGGCAAUCUUAAUUCUGGGGUAUAGGCCUUUGGUCAUGUUCCACUCUUGGGUUCAGAUCAGUGUUUUGUAUAAAUAGCUCUAGAGCAGGCAUAGGCAAACUCGGCCCGCCAGAUGUUUUGGGACUACAACUCCCAUCAUCCCUAGCUAUCAGGACCAGUGGUCGGGGGUGGUGGGAGUUGUAGUCCCAAAACAUCUGGAGGGCCGAGUUGGCCUAUGCCUGCUCUAGAGAGCUGAGAUGGCUCAGUCAGCAGAGCAUGAGACUCCCAACAGCAUCUAGGGGGCCACAGGUUCUGGUGUUAAUAGGUAAUACAGACAUGUAGAUAACAAAUUGCCUCUAGAUUAAUUGAAAAGCAUGUGUGCCAAUAAAUGAGUACAAAUAGGAUGAUUGCAUUACUUUUCAGAUUUUUGAAACAAUUCAACUUGCACAAAUAAGAUUUGGGGUAUUUCUUUUUUUCCUACCAGCAGAAAAACUAAACCCCUUAAUUCAGGCUGAAAAGAGAGCUUGAAAAGCAAAGCCAGAUGGAUGCAGACAGUGGAGGACUUUGCUCUUGCUGCAACUCUAUAGACCUUUCAGUCUUAAUCUGACAGCUGUGUCUUCACUUCUACUCCCUAGGGCUAUGACCGCUUACUAAUAACAUCUUGGGGGCAUGACCCAGGAGUCGUCCCAACUUCCAAUGUGCUCACCAUGCUGAAUGAUGCUUUAACCCAUUCUGCUGUUCUGAUUCAGGUAAGGAACAACUUGUAUAAAUAUGAAACUUCUGAUAUUUCUGCUGGACCAGAGAGUUGCGGAGGAUGUGGCAGAAAAGGAGUGAGAAUUAAAGCUAGUUUGCAUAAUAUACAGAUGUCCAGUGGUGGCUGGAAGAUGGCUAAUUUAAUGCAGUUUCUUAUUUGAGGUGCUUGUAAUUAACUCUUGGAAUAUGAGAACAGACUGUAUUGUGAUGGCCUGUGGCUCAGAUGAUUUUUUUAGACCAGACUUAGCCAGCCUGGUAACCUCCCAGAUGUUGUUGGAUUCCAUCACCUAUCUUCUCCCCUUCCCCUUCCCCUGACUCCCAAUUCUUGAUCGUAUUUCUCAAGAAAAAGUAUCCUAUCUUGAAACCAUACUGGGAUUUUGUCCUUACUAUUAAAGGAACCUUGAUCUUACUAACUGAACUCUUAUCAACCGACAACAGAGAGUUUCCAUUCUGUUAAUUCUGCAGAAUUUAGUAUUAAUGGAGAUGGGGUGUGGAUCAUGGCACCUUAGGUUCUUGGUUCUCUGGCAGUAAUUCCCCGUGAUCAAUGAGGGCUAGGCGCCUUUGAAGAGCUGGAGAUUGUCACGUUGACAUGGAUUUUGUGCCUUAACUCUCACUUUGGUGUUUAGGGACAUGGUAUGCGUGGUAUGGGGGAAACUGUCCAUAUGCCAUUUCCAUUUGAUGAAACAGAACUGCAAGGAGGUAACUCAUGUUUUCUUGUACUGGCAUUCUCCGCUCAGAGACAAUUUGUGCGUGAUUGAACCCUCAAAACCGCACCUUGCUGCUCACAGGAACUAAAGGGUAACAAGGAAAGGGGGAAAUUGGCAAGUUUCUGUCCAGGAUUUCAGGCAUUUCCCAUCGCCUGCUGGCUGGAGACGCUGGGGAUUGAACCUGCGAAACACAUGCACGCAAAGCAUGUUUCUCUGCCACAAAGCUAUAGUCCUCCACUUUGCUUUUGGCUUAGUGGGUAUCAGACUUGUAUGUUGCUGUGAGAAUUUAAUCACUACCUUUUGAAUGAUAUUUUGGUUAGGAAUAAUGUAACUGAUAAUACACUUUCCCAGCCUGCCCACCCCCCCAAUAAAACAUGAUGCAGACAUGAAAGCCACUGAUCAUUGUUGUCAAUUAACAAUGAUUCCAAAAGCUUGCUUCCCCAUUCCCACUCCCUUGCACUGUUCUGCAUUUUCUUUCUUUGUGGGGAAGUAAAGGGAGGGGGACUUGCUGUUUUGCUAGAUUUCUUUGCCACUGCAAUCUCUAAUCUUUUUAAAACUGGUGGCUGCAGUGAUGCAACCUUUUUUCUUCUUUUCUUUUCUUUUCGCUUAGUAAAAUUGCCAUUUGACGUGUUUUUCCCCUUUGUUUGUGUUUAGAUUUUUCUCGUCUCAACAUGGGUGUUCACAAAGCGUUGAGGAUAUUAAGGGAAAAGAUGGAUUUGCAGCACUUCUGCGGCUACGUAACCAUGUUGAACCCUUUCAGCCACCACGUGCACAGGAAGCUGAGUGAUGCUUCUGAUGGAAAAGGUUGGUCAGCAGUAAAACUUGGUUGUCAGAUGUGGAGGCUUCUAGCAUUUGGAUCUGUGCCGAGUUCCUUGCGUGCAGUGAAUGAAAGGUGGUGGAAGGGAAGCAAGCCAUACUGAGCAUCCGCUAGGAAGCUUGGAGCUAAGGGGGUGGAUUCCUGAAUCCCACACCUUUUAUUUUCCCAAAAAUUUUUAUUCAUUUUAUAACACAACUAAACAACACAAACAGAAAAACAAACAAUACAAGUCCCCCCCCCAUCUGAUUUUCAUUUUACCUCAUCUUUAGCAGUUUACAUAUAUCAUAAUUUUUAACCAUUUUUUUUAUCAAGCUUACUUUUACCAUAAAAAUCUUCACAUGUUAUCACUUACAAAUAAUACUGUUUUAAAACACACUAUCUUCUACUUCUAACCCUGCAGUUUAUAUCCACUUCCAAAGCUAUUCUAAGAUUUAAAUAUUAACUUUUUUUUUUCCAAAUAUUCUUUAAACUUCUUCCAAUCUUCUUCCACCGUCUCUUCUCUCUGGUCUCGGAGUCUCCCAGUCAGUUCCGCAAGUUCCAUAUAGUCCAUCAUCUUCAUCUGCCAUUCUUCGAUAGUUGGUAGAUCUUGUUUCUUCCAGUUCUUCGCUAGUAAUAUUCUUGCAGCUGUUGUGGCAUACAGAAAAAAAGUAACAUCCUUUUUGGGGAUUUCACCCCCCACUAUACCAAGUAAAAAGGGUUCUGGUUUCUUAAUAAAUGUGUUUUUCAACACUUUUUUCAAUUCGUUAUAAAUCCUUCCCCAGAAGUCUUUUACCUUGGGGCACGUCCACCACAUGUGGUAAAAGGUUCCUUCUUUUUCCUUACAUUUCCAUUAUUUAUUAUCAUGAGUAUGAUACAUUUUUGCUAACUUCACUGGUGUUAAGUACCAUCUGUACAUCAUUUUCAUCAGAUUUUCUCUUAAUACAUUACAUGCUGUAAAUUUAAUUCCUUUUUUCCACAAUUUCUCCCAAUCCACCAUCAUAAUAUUGUGAAUCCCACACCUUCAAGGGUUAUGCUAAAAGGAAGCAUCCUGCGCAUGGCCAGAUACCAGAUAAUGCCAAGAAUGUUCGUAAUAGAGAAGCCAUUGGGGAUGUGAAUGCACAGGGUAUAACUGAGCAAUACUGUCUGCUCGGAUGUAAAUGGGAACAAAGCAGACUUGAGGGACCCUCCAGAGCAGAUUUUGAAGGCGCAGGUGGGAGGAGGGAAGGUGAAUUCCUGAUGUGUGAGCUUGUGCAGCGCUGUGUUCCGUCCAGAGCUGCUGGAUCAUAACAGCUGUUGCUCAUGAAUAUAGCUUAAAUGGCUUGUGUGUUUUUUUGCUCUAAGGCGAGCCAGAGCUGGCACUUGGCUCGGAUGUAAAUGGGAGCACGGAAUCAUUUGAAAUGGUCAUUGAAGAGCCACCCAUGGAUUCGGCAGCUAAGCAAAGUCCCGAAGGUAAUCCUUUUUAAAAAAUAAAAUAAAGGGUUUAAUUUGUUACUGGGAAGAUAGUGCUGGCUGGGGCAGAUAAGCUGCAGUCCAAAUUCCACAUUGCCUCAUCUCUGUAUCUGUUCAGUUCCCACAACAGAGCAGGAGUGGGUCCCCCUGGAAUUGUGCUUUGGAAUUCCACUCUUCAGCUCCGAGUUAAACCGGAAAGUCUGCCGGAAAAUCGCAAGCCACGGACUGUGUAGCAGAGAGAGGUGAGGACUUGCUGGGACCUAAACUGUUUGCCUGCAGAUCUUUCAGCAGAGGUAGAAAUGAAGCAGUUAAGUGUUCAACUUGCACAUGGAUCCCAUGGACUACUUGUUUGACAUUGUAUAUGUUUUCUGAUCUUUUGACAGCCUUCAAAAACUGUUACAUUCCAGUAGAAAACUUUCUCUACAGGUCCUUAGCUUUGUUCAUUCAUUCCAGGUAAAUAUAUAUUGUUUAAAAAUUGCAUAUGCAUUAAUAUUUACAUAGAAGUUCCUUUUUGACGUAAACGCAUUGCAAACUUGCAUUUCUCGAUGUUCUUUUUAACUGAUGUAAUGCUAAAGGGUGCUUGCUGAAUGAGACAAGGAAAAACAUCUGUCUGGUUCUGUAGCUUUAUUCUCCAUACCUUCCUGGACAAUGUUGUGGGUUUGUUUCAUGACUUUGUACCUAGUUGCACGUUUUCUCAACCUGAAGGCCACCAGGACCACUGGUGUUAUCACACCUCUUUUCUGACAGACUUGCAUCCACAUAGUGCCUCCUCUGCUACCUCGGUCUGUCCUGCCUGCUAGCCUGGUUUCUCUAAAGGGCCUUAAUCUCUACUUGACAUAGCAGUGGUGACAUAGUAGUUGCAGGAUCCUAGGCUUUAAGAAGCCCUUUCUGACACCAAAAGCCUCUGGGCAUGUGCCAAGCGUCACAGCUCCACUACCUCCUAUAAAUUUGGCAAGGGGAUAAGAGAAUGGAGAAAGGAAAAAGGAAAGGAUGGGAAUUGUCCUGGGUCCUUUGGCCAUUAAAGAGGAAGCUGUUUGGUUAAUAAAAGAUAAGCCAACCAAGGCUUACUAGGUUUGUGAAUACUAGCAAGACCCCUGCCUCUGCUCAUCAAGAGUCAAAAUUGCUAAAGGACCCCUGGCACUGGCACCUCCUGUUGUCAAGGACAUCUGAAGGCAUAUAGGGAAAUGUUUAAUGUUUUAUUAUGUUUUUAUAUAUGUUGUAAGCUGCCCAGAGUGGCUAGGGCAUGGGUAGGCAAACUAAGGCCUGGGGGCCAGAUCCGGCCCAAUCACCUUCUAAAUCCGGCCCACGGAUGGUCCAGGAAUCAGUGUGUUUUCACAUGAGUACAAUGUGUCCUUUUAUUUAAACUGCAUCUCUGGGUUAUUUGUGGGGCAUAGGAGUUUGUUCAUUACCCCCCCCCAAAAAAAAUAUAUAGUCUGGCCCCCCACAAGGUCUGAGGGACAGUGGACCGGCCCCCUGCUGAAAAAGUUUGCUGAUCCCUGGGCUAGGGCAACCCAGUCACAUGGGUGGGGAAUAAUAGGAAUAAUAAUAUGCAGUAGCCAAUCGAGAAUUUGGGACUGUGAGUCACUUGUUUGGCAAAAACGAAUGCCAACCGGUAAUCCUACUGAAGCAUGUUUCCCUCUUUCCCUCAUCAGGAAAGCAUUUCAACUAUGGAAUUACUUUCAGAAGCCAGUUUCUCCUCUUCCUCCUCUUCUACUUCAAGUUUACUUUCCCACCCAUCCUCUGCCGACGCAGGCGUUCCCCUUCCAGCCAAGAACCUGAUGUUCAAGGACGGUACAUUGUCAGAGUGGAACGGGCGGUCUCCUUCCUCUGUCCUUAUUGCAACUGUGCCACCCGAACACCUGAAAUAGCUCGAGGGGUUCGCCCUGGCGUGGUUCACAUUUUGCCUUUUCCUUCCGGGUGACCAACUGCAUUCGACUUACAGUGCCAACCUCCCCGGAAGUGUACUGCUACCCACAGCAUGACCUCUGCAACAAUAGUGUUAUCAAAGUGUGUAGUGCUGCACUUUUAACCUGGGGGAGAUGCAUCCUCUCUCGCCUACCUGUUCAUUACUGCAUGUCAUGCUUCAACAAAAAGCUUCUUAGUUGUCAAGCCUGCCUCUCUUUUUAUCUCAAGACAAUCGAUCUUUCUUUUAUAACUGAAAGCGCCCUUCGUAGGCUUUCUGAUGUUUGAAUUUCUAUACUGUCACAGUAGAUAAUAGUAAUUUUAUACGUUUGUGGUGCAGACCGUAAACUUGCUUUUUUUUUUUUUUUAAUCGUAAUAACACACAACAGUUAAUAGCUUUUGGCAUUAGAAAGGCACAAGUUGUAUUAAAAUAGUUUAACAAAAGUAUCAGUGACUGAUGGGAGAGAGGGGGACGGCAGGGUUCUACCGCUGACGUACUUAAUAAUUAACUAUUAACUACCUGAUUAAAAAGGAUAGUUAGGAGGUAGUCACAUCAGUCUGCUGAUGAUGCUUUGUAAAUGAUUUUAAUCUGAAGCUUAAAAGCACCUACAGAAGCGUCAUAGGAAAACUUAGAGAGAUGGGAGUAAUAUUUUUUUUCGUCCUUGGUGGAACCUUGCAGUUUGAUGGGAUUACACCAGUGUUAAAUGUGGUGCUGUCUGUACGGAGAAGUUCUUGUUGAUGAUACACUUUAUUUUAUCCAGCUUCCUUUGUUGGCACAGUAGACUGGAAGGGUGAGGGCAGGAAUUGAGAACCUUUUGCUCUUGCCUCCUUUUGUCCAAAGCUAGUUGAGAGCCUACUCUGCACAGCCACUUCAUGAUGCGGUAGCUUUACAAAAAAUCUCGACCUGUGAUGGCUUUCAUCCCAUAACAAGCCAGAUGUGUGAAUCCACUGCCAUGUCUGGAAUUCGGUGUCUUGACUUGCCACUUCUGCCCCAAGACCGAAUCUGCACGUGGCAGUGACUUCCCAUAAAGUUUCGAGCACGCCUUACAGAGGAAUGUGUUUGUGUGAAUAGGUUCUAAGCAGGCGGCGACACAGAAUGGUUGAUCUGCUUUGGAGAACACUGGGUGAAACCCACGAAAUAUUUGCACUGCGUAGCAUCUGUUCCAUGCUGCGGAAGCUGCGUUUCUUAUAACCAGUGGGCUCUUCCCUCUGAUGACUGACGUGGUUACUGGAGAAAGGAAUUGAACGCCCAGAAUCAGGCCAGGCUCACAUUGAGCCUCUCCUCUUCCACGUAGGAAUAGACAAAAACUAACAGAGCUGUAACUGUAAGCAAGCCUGGUCUCUCACUGGAAGAAACUGGGCACAAUCUACUGGGAAGUUUCCUAUGCCCCAUAACAGGCCCAGCCGGGGAAAUGCUCUUUUGCAACUCCCACUUGCUCAGUUGGGCUUCUGCGGGAAAACUUUGCAGUGGAUCGUGGCCAUACCUGGGGGAUGGCGGGUGUUUCAUCAUGAAAAUAAUGUUAAUUGGAGGUUUCAUUUCAAUCCUUUCUAGAUUUUAUCAAGGCUCCCUUCCUCGGAAGGCAAGAGAAAUGUAUGCAGUGUUGUGUAACAGUUAUAUUCGCGUAGUUUAUACAGAAACUGUCCUGUGGUUCUUCUAGUUUCAGGGUCUUCUCAACAGCUGCGAAAUGUUGAAAGGGAGGGGGGAAAGCAGCUGUGAAAAGUUAAGAAUAAGAACCUUUGGUAUAAAAAUCAUUGUGGUCCAAAAUGUUUGAUAUCAGGGCUUUGGGGGGGGAAGGUGGUUAGUUAUUUGCUUUACUGGAGUAGCAGUUCUGGGACUGUUGUUUUUUAAUGCACAUCAGCAGGGAUGUUUUGGGGACCAAGAACCCAGAAAGCAACUAAGUCACAUUCAUAAACAGAUUGCAGUAUUUAGCUCCUCUCUUCUUCUUUGCCUUUUCUUAAAAAAAAAUACAGAGCAAUGGCACAGGAUUUAUUGGGCAUAUUUUGAAACUGGGGGGAAAUGUAGAAAAAUGACCUUGCAUUCUUAUGGUUGGAAAUUGAAUCUCCUCCUCCCCACCAGCCAUUUCCCCUUAUUAUUAUUUUUACACAAUAUUUCUGGAAGUGAAGGUUUCCCUUUCAUUUGAAAAGCGGGAAUGAAUAAGAAUUUGCACAGAUAGUAAGGUUUUUAGCCAUCUCUCACUUUUUUUCUGCCUUUCCUGCACCUGCAACAAGUGGGCGGGGGGGAAUGGGACUCUGAGGCUGCAUGCAACGCAGAGCAUCGCUUGAUGAAGUAGUUUAGCGUGCACAUGAGCACCUCGUUGACUUAUUUUUUUAAAAAAAGUUUCAGCUCAGCCAUCAUACUGGAAAUAGAGCAGUGGUUGUUUUUCUCGCCUUCUAACAAAAGGAAAGGUGGGUUUGGGAUGGGUGAUCUCUAGGGCUCUCAAAUGAUCAAUCAAAACAGAAGGACACGAGCCUGACUUUCUGCUGCCUUGCAUCUGAUAGUCGCUUGAUAUGCGGAAUCAGCAGGCUGAAGACUUCCACAGCAGAAGCAUCUCUUCGCCUGCUAAUGUUAGCAUAUCAAGCUACCAUUGGAAGCCACAAGAGCAGAAAUCAGUAAAUCAGUUGGCAAUCUUCAAAGCUGAUCUGUUUUAAAGAAACGACAUGUGUAUUGCAACUACAACAUUCCAACCCCCCGUGGAAAUGCAAGUAAGACAGAAUUAAGUUGGUUUCCCACCCCUGGGAACUAUCCUAAGAGGAACUGUUUUGCGUACCACCUGCCCAGCUGUUAAAUCUGCACAUGAUGCAAGAGAUCCAUUGGUUGGAUCUACUAACACCUUUUUAUUUUAUUUUUGCUUUUACUUUAAAGCAGCCACUGGGGCCUCCAAAUAUGAUGAGAGAGCGGUAGUUGGGUGGUUAACUCACCUAUGCCAUUUUCCAAGUCUCAGUUGCCCCCCAGCAAGCAAAAAAAAAGUAGCUUCAGGGCCAUUUUUAGAUCAGUAGUUUGGAGCGUGUGAAGAUUAAACACCUCUACCAUGACUGCCACUGUUGUGAUGAAAAUUUGGGCAGUUCCAACCCCGCAGCUAGUUUUAAAAAGAGCAAAGCGCUAGGAGAUCCAGGGAUCCCCCACAUCACAUAGUGUUUAAACUUGGAAUGAAAGUUCUAAUUAGUGGAGCAGGGAGGCCUUAAUGAAAACGAUGCCGUAGCAUAGCUUUGUAACGCUGAUAGUGUUCUGUUUUGUGUAAACCAUAAUGUGGAAUGGCAUGCUGGGUCAAGGCUCAUCUGGAAAUCCCAAGCAUUCUGGAGCCUUAUCUCUACUGUUCUAAGAGAUGAGCUGAAAUCCCCCUAAGGGUCAACUUGAAUAAACUUGCCUAUUUUGUUCCCCAGCCCCAAGGCAUCAUUUGACCCCUCUCCUCUUUUCCGUGCAACUAUAAUCUUCAAACCUCACUUAAAGCCAGUGGCGUGAGUGCCGCCAUCUUGGAUGCUGGCCUGGCUAGACGGCUUUAAGCCCAAGAUGGAAAACUCAGUGGCAAUGCCUUUGCUGCUGAUGCCAUCACAGCCUGCAUAAGAGUCCUGAAAGGUGAAUCUUAAAUAGGGUAUGCGGGUGGUUGUUAAAAAGUGUCCGUAAUGGCUAUGUGCCAUGGGUGGUUUGAGCGGGGUGGGUCAGUAACGACAUAUCUGAAUUACUUAUAAGUACUGUGAACAAAGACUACAACUUUAUGCAACCAAAAAAAAAAUUUUUUUUUAAUCUGUCGAGCUUAAUCCUUUAUUUUUUUCCCCCACCAGCUUUUUCCUUGUCAAAAAUCAAGUUUGCGACGUUUUAGGCCUUAACAUUUCAUUAUUCAUCUAUGUGUGCUUCAUGACUAAGAUGUAUUUUGCUGCUUGAAUCUGGGAAUAAAUGAGACAUCUAUAAAUAGUAUUUUUAACUGGACUUCCCUUGGGAGCCUUUUUCAAGGCAGUUUCACUGGGAUUAUCCCUUUUUUUUCUAUGUAUAUAUGUUAAUCUUUUCCAUUCCGUCCCCUCCCAACUUCCCAGCAGUUUGAAUUCUUUAUUUCCACAGUGCACUUAUAAUUCAUUGUACUCCAGUGUUUCCGAUACUAUUUUGAAGGUUUUAAAAGCGUGGGAGUCCAGCAGCCCUAAAUGCAACGCGGUUGCUUUGUUCCGACGUAGUCGAUAGUAUACAGUGAACUGUACAAAAACCUGGUAUUUGAUUAAAUUAUUGGAAUAUGUAACAUAAAUGUUUACAAAUAAAACUGUGUUGCUGGUCAGGAC